GCUACUGACUGCCUACUGGCAACAUUCACGCCUGCGCUGCGCUUCCGUCCCGUGACUUGCCUGCCUUCCCCUGCCGCCGCGGCUGCGAGCUUCAGGGCGCCAUGGCGCAAACCCCACCGAUUCCCCGCGUCAGCCUCGGCACCCAAGGACUGGAGGUGAUCUUCUUCCCCUUGCCCUCUCGCCACCCUCGAUUUAUUUAUGUAACUAUCUUCUGCCCGGCCGGUCUCGCACUGAAUCGAAUCGAAUCGAAUGAUCCAACAACCAAGGUGUCCAAGCUGGGGUUCGGGUGCAUGGGCCUCACAGGCUCCUACAACUCCCCGGUCGAGGACGACGCCGGCGUCGCCGUCAUCACGCACGCCUUCCGCCGCGGCGUCACCUUCUUCGACACCUCCGACGUCUACGGGCCCCACGCCAACGAGAUCCUCCUCGGCAAGGCGCUGAAGCAGCUGCCGCGGGAGCAGGUUCAGGUGGCCACCAAGUUUGGGAUUCAGCGGGAUGCCCAGGGCAAGAGCACCAUCUGCGGCCGCCCGGAGUACGUGCGCGCCUGCUGCGAGGCCAGCCUGCACCGCCUCGGCGUCGACCACAUCGACCUCUACUACCAGCACCGCAUCGACACCACCAUCCCCAUCGAGGACACGAUUGGUGAGCUCAAGAAGCUUGUGGAGGAGGGGAAGGUCAAGUACAUUGGGUUAUCGGAGGCUAGCCCGGACACCAUCCGGCGUGCUCACGCUGUGCACCCCAUCUCUGCCGUGCAGAUGGAGUGGUCUCUGUGGGCUCGCGACAUCGAGCCCGAGAUCGUGCCUCUCUGCAGGGAGCUAGGGAUUGGAAUUGUUCCCUACAGCCCGAUUGCCCGUGGGUUUUUCGGUGGAAGGGGAGUGACACAACAAGUGUCUGCUGAAUCUAGUCUGAAAGGCCAUCCACGUUUUUCGGCUGAAAACCUGGAGAAGAACAAGCAACUCUAUCUGAAAAUGGAAGAACUGGCCAAGAAGCACCAGUGCAGCCCUGCUCAGCUAGCUUUAUCCUGGGUUCUGCAUCAAGGGGAUGAUGUGGUUCCGAUACCAGGGACUACUAAGAUCAAGAAUCUAGACUCCAACAUUGACUCCUUGAAGGUGAGGCUCACGGAAGAUGACCUCAAAGAGAUUAGCAACGAGAUACGCGAAGAAGAUGUUGCCGGUGGGAGGCAGUAUACUUCGUUUGCGAAAUUCACCUGGAAUUAUGCGGAUACGCCAAAGAAGUGAAACUACAAAAGAUUGUGGAGACGGUGAAACAAGCAUGCCAUGCUAUGUGCUCGUGUGAUGAAUGGUGCCCCCUGUAUCUUCAUCUUGUGAAUUGUCCCGUGAAUAAGAACAUGUGCACUGUCUCCACCUGCCGUGUAAAUUUAUGUGUGCCUGUAUAACAGAAGACUGAGACUGUGCUAGCUAUGUUUGUGGCUCUCUAGUCUUACCGGCUUUCCGUGACAGCAA